AUGUAUAACAAUAACAACCCAUUAUACUAAUAAAAUUCCUCUGGCCAACAGCCUCUACUAAAUCCAUAGUAUUAAGAUUAAAAUUAACAAGUAAAUUAAUAAUUUGCUUAACAGAAUUAUUAGCAGUAUAAUUAACUCUAAAAUCAAAACUAAAAUGCUUAAUACAAUCCACCAGCUCCUCAAAAUUAAAUAAUGUGCUUCCCUAAUGGUUAAUAAAUAUUAGAUCCAGCUUUGCUAUAUUGCCAAUAGAGCAUAAGAAAACGUAAUAUCUGCGACGAUAACAGUACAGCAGUAACAAACCUAAUGAUCUUGCUUUAAUUAAUUUUAGCUUAAUUACCUUUAAGAUUUACCUUUUUAUAAGUAGCUGGAAAUUCAAAUAUAUAUUCUAGUUAAUUUUAUGAAGAAAAAAUAAUCAGACCACUCAUAACAGAAAAUACUCAUGUUAAUGAAUAAAUUAUAAGAAAUAGUUAUGUUGCUUAUUGCAGUUAAAUACUCAGCUAAGGAAUGAAAUCUUAUUCUAUUUUUGUUAUAGCUACUUUGUUAGUUGCAAUUGGUUAUUUAGCUGGGAUGAAUUUAAUGUAUUUUAAUAACAAAUACUCCUAUAUUAAUAGUAUUGGUAGCGUUAACAUAAUAUACAUUUGCCAAAUUGUUUUUAUCAUAAUAAAUUUGAUUCUUUUCAUUUUUGCUACACUGAAAUCUGUUGCAGCUUUAUAAUUUCCUAUGAUUACAUGGAUGCCUAUUUAGCUAAUUUAUACAUCUCCUUCGCACCUAUUAUUCUACUCUUAAUUUCAACUCUUCUGA